CUCGUAUAGUGACUGUUGUGAACCUCUUGUUGAAUCUCUUUUGAUAUAAGAAGAUUAUUGAUAUGUGAAUGUAUUUGUGUACAUGAAUGUAUAUGCACCCAAGAGAUGGCACGGACAUGCCCAAAUGAAGAGGAUUUCUUAAGAAUACACAAGGUAAUAGCCAUCAUCAUCAUCAUUCUAGUGUGUGAGAACCAUGUCUAACAUCCACCUGGGUUUACCCUACCCUGGUGGAGUUGUAGAUCAUUCUAGCAACCUGGCGCAUGAUAUUGGGGCUCUUUAUCUCAACGAUGAGUAUAGUGAUGUCACUCUACAAGUCAGUGGACAAACAUUUCGUGCACACAAAGUCAUAUUAGCAGCACGAAGUCAGUAUUUCAGAGCUCUUCUAUUUGGUGGAUUGCGUGAAUCUCGCCAAGCUGAGGUAGAAAUAAAAGAUGCCAAUUUAACAGCUUUCAAUGUACUCUUGAAAUAUAUCUAUACUGGAUGGGUCAGUCUCAGUUCUGAAAAGGAAGAGACUGUAUUAGAAAUCCUUGGGCUUGCUCACCAGUAUGGCUUUGAAGAUUUGGAAUCUGCUGUCUGUGAAUACUUGAAGGAUGCUUUGUGUAUUGCAAAUAUUUGUGUUAUAUAUGAUAUGGCAUUUCUAUACACCCUUACAAACCUGAAGACUGUGUGUGAAGAUUUUAUGGAUAAAAAUGCCUUACCUAUACUGAAUCAUGAAUCAUUUUAUGCCCUUUCUCCAUCAGCAUUGAAAGCCAUCAUUGGAAGAGAUUCAUUUUGUGCCCCAGAAGUAUAUAUAUUCCAAGGUGUACAAACAUGGGUUGAACGGAACUCAGAUCUGACAAAAGAACAAACACAAGAAAUUCUUGCUCAUAUUAGAUUACCUCUUAUCAGUCUUACUGAUCUGUUAAAUGUUGUUCGACCAACUUCAUUAAUAACUCCUGAUCAAAUUUUGGAUGCAAUUAAAGCCAAAAAUGAGUCGAGGGAUAUGGAUCUUCAGUAUCGAGGCUAUUUAAUGCCAGGAGAAAAUGUGGCUGUACCUAGCAAAGGGGCACAGGUGCUUCAAGGAGAGAUGCGAGCAAACCUUUUGGAUGGAAAUGUAGCAACAUAUGACAUGGACCGUGGCUUCACAAGGCAUCCUAUUGAUGAUAAUAAUGGUCAAGGUAUAUUAAUCAAGUUGGGGAUGCAGUGUAUCAUCAAUCACAUGAGAAUGAUGCUCUGGGAUAAAGACCAAAGAGGAUACUCAUACUAUAUUGAAGUGUCUAUGGAUCAGAAGGACUGGGUUCGAGUCGUUGACCACACUCGUUAUCACUGUCGUUCUUGGCAGUAUCUUUACUUCUCUCCAAGAGUUGUCCGGUAUAUUCGAAUUGUUGGCACAAAUAAUACUGUUAAUCGUGUUUUCCAUGUGGUGGCCUUUGAAGCUUAUUUUUCUAAACAGGAAGUGGAAUUGAACAAAGGACUUAUAGUUCCAACAGAAAAUGUUGCACUUGUUACCAAAAGUGCGUUAGUGAUUGAAGGAGUAAGUCGUGCCCGCAAUAACCUUUUAAAUGGUGAUAUUCACCACUAUGACUGGGACUCUGGCUACACCUGCCACCAACUAGGCUCGGGAUCCAUAUGUGUUCAGCUAGGGCAGCCUUAUUGGCUUUCCUCUUGCAAGCUGCUUCUAUGGGACUGUGAUGAUCGCUCUUACAGUUAUUACAUAGAAGCUUCGGUAAAUAAUAGAGACUGGGAGCUGAUUGUUGAUAAGACACGUGAAGCCUGCAGGUCAUGGCAGACUUUAAGUUUCCCACCAAGAGCUAUUGUUUACUUUAAAAUAGUUGGUACCUUUAACACUGCAAAUGAGGUUUUUCAUUGCGUACACUUUGAGACACCUUCUCAGGUGGGCUCUGAAAAUCGUCCCAAAUUGAGAGGUUUUGACCAUGCAGUUGCUCCUGUGAGACCUCAUCAUUCAAACAGUAGUGAAGAAGAUGGUGGAGGGACAGCAGAAGAAGCAGCUGCAGCUGUUGUAAUGGGAGAUGCCCCUUCAUCAGCUGGAGUUGAGGAAGGAGCUGGGGUAGGUGGAGCUGCAGAAGGUGUUGGAUUGUGUAAUAAUGGUUGUUCCAGGGAUAGAGCUAGAACAAAUGCAAGAUCAGAAUCUGUUGAAGAACCUUUAGAAGGAAUGAGAGAGGAAGAUAACAAUCUGCUUCCAGAUGGAGCAGGUGCUGAUGAAGUUCAUGCUGUGAUCAAUCCUGCAAGCCAUCACCAGCAAGGCUAGGUACACACUCAAAUUUACUAAGGAAUUUUAACAGCAAUUUGCCUCUAUGCAACUAAAAUACAUUUUCAGAGCAUCAUUUGUGUGAUGAAUCUGACUAGGAAUAUUAUUAUCAUGACUAUUAAUGCUCAAAUUUAAACAAAUUCUUCUGCAAGGAUGAUUUUUAAAUGUGUAUUUUAGCAUAUUUUUGGUGAUAAUUUUAUUGUAUUUAAAACUAAAUGUGGACCCCAAUUUAAAUCCGCUUGAUAAAAUGCAAUACGGAUAUAAUGAGAAUUUUCUCUGUGCUAAUUUUGUUAUUUAUUUUAAUUUUCAUUUUCAUAUUGCAUUUCAAGAUUUUCUUUAUUUUUGGCUGCAGCAUAUGAAUUUGGCACACACAUAGGUGUACAAGGAAGGCAAAGAGUAACAAAUCAUUGGGGUCUAUAUGAAGCUGUUGGUUAAUGCAAGGCUGAUGGCUACACCAACAUUGCAAUAUUUAUAACACCAACAUUGCAAGGCUUAUGAUAACACCAACAUUGCAAGGCUUAUGAUAACACCAACAUUGUGAGACUUAUGGUAACACCAACAUUGUGAGACUUAUGAUAACACCAACAUUGUGAGACUUAUGGUAACACCAACAUUGUGAGACUUAUGAUAACACCAACAUUGUGAGACUUAUGAUAACACCAACGUUGUGAGACUUAUGGUAACACCAACAUUGUGAGACUUAUGAUAACACCAACAUUGUGAGACUUAUGAUAACACCAACAUUGUGAGACUUAUGAUAACACCAACAUUGUGAGACUUAUGAUAACACCAACAUUGUGAGACUUAUGGUAACACCAACAUUGUGAGACUUAUGGUAACACCAACAUUGUGAGACUUAUGAUAACACCAACAUUGUGAGACUUAUGGUAACACCAACAUUGUGAGACUUAUGAUAACACCAACAUUAUGAGACUUAUGAUAACACCAACAUUGUGAGACUUAUGAUAACACCAACAUUGUGAGACUUAUGGUAACACCUACAUUGCAAGACUUAUGGUAACACCUACAUUGCAAGACUUAUGGUAACACCAACAUUGCAAGACUUAUGGUAACACCAACAUUGCAAGACUUAUGGUAACACCUACAUUGCAAGACUUAUGGUAACACCAUCAUUGAAAGGCUUGUGGUAACACCAACAUUGCAAGGCUAUUUGAGGUAUUUUCAGGUAGGUUCAGGUAUUUUCAUUAAAGAAAAUUACUGAGGAAACCACCCUAUCAUCUUUACUGAGGAAACCAACCUAUCAUCAUCAUCAUCAUUAAUUUUUCCUCACACUGCAAAGUUGUAUUGCUGCAUCAGUCAAGAACUAUCUGUUGAAUUAUCUCUAAAACUUAAGCUGGCAUUUUUCCUUCACUGGUUAUUUGUUGUUGAGUAUGUAACUUUCAAUCUGAUAAACCUACUUACAGAACCCCAAACCAAAAUCCUUUGCAUUUCAAGCAGCGUACAAAGAUUAUUCCGAUUUGGUUGAUUGCUUAUAGGGUGCAUUCAUGUGAUCACAGCUUGGAUUACCUACUUACUUGAGACACGCUAUUUGUGUCAUAAACAUUGCUGAAAUCCCCCACGUCAUUCAACUUGGGGAGUUGAAUGACGUGGGGGGAUUUCCCCCACGUCAUUCAAAACCAUGCUCAAACCCCCAUCAUGCUCAAACCCCCACUUGAGGUUUUAGCAUGAUGUGUAGCAGCAUAAGUGGCUUGGCACUGCAGACCAGUGUGCUAUACCCGGUGUGUUCCUGCACUUGGGCCAUGCUCUGUGAUGAAAUCUUUGCCUUUAGUUUGCUUAGCUCAAAAUUUAUUAAAUUUAAUUAGUUGGGAUUGCAUAUUUUUAAAUUAAGUAUUAAGACCACUUGAAUUUAAAUCCGAUACAUUUUUUAAUACAGUACUAAGAGUUUUGUUGUAGUACAUGGUAACAGUAUGCCUAAUUUAUUUUUUUAAAUCAGCUGAUCAUAGCUAUAAUCUAUCUAAAAUAUAUUUAAUUUAGUCUCUUGAAUUGCUGCAUAAUGCAUGAAUUUAUGAUUUCUAUUAUCAAGCCUACUCAACUUUUUUAUUAUAAUCUCCAGUGCCAAUAUUCUUUCUGUGCAUUUUUUAAAUUUCUGUACUGUAGCUGAUUUUUAGUUUAAGGACUUCAAAGUCUUAUGUAGUUUUAGGUCUUGGCAUAAUACAUAAGAUUAUUACAUAUGUUACCUAUAUAAAUGGUUGGUUAUAUUUAUUACCCAUAUAAAUUGUUAAAGCAGUUUUUUAUACUGUAUUCUUUUAUUAUAUAACAGGUACAGUAACUCUUUUUUACCUGUCAAUUAUUUUAUGCUGUAGAUAUUAUUAUGCUAGUGAUUAAAAGCAUUAAUGUAUUGUGAGAAGAAGAUACAGUAGUAUGUAUUCCCUGUACUCACAUAAUGUCUUUCUGAUGGUAAUGGGUGUACAGUAUUCAGCAUACAUGUAUAGGGAAUGCCUAUGUCUUACACCACUUGUCAUUGUAGGUAAUAACAACAUAUAAUCAUUUGAAAUAUAAAUAUAUUUUUUUGAAGGUUAUUAUUUACUCUUAAGCAUUCUUCUGUUCGAUUUUAUUAACAUUAUAAAGGAUAUUUUGUAAAGCAAUAUUGUUCAUUUGUUGUUCAUUUUCCAGUGAACUCCAUCCAUGAGGGCCAAGUGUUGGUCUGCAGGAGAUAUCAGUGCCUGGCUUGCUUGUUAUUAUAUUUUUAACUUGUGCACUCACAGUUGAAAAUGAGGAUGUUUCUAAAUAAUGGCAUAAUGCUGAUGAAGGCAAUAUUGUGCAUUUUGACCAAAGCAUGAUUUAAGGUAACUAUCCAAUCCACUAUAAAUACUUUUAGAUGUACUGUACAAUGUUUUUGUUAUCAUCUGUACUAUAAACAUUAUUAUUUGAAGGACUAAUUUCCUGAACAUUGAUAUGAUAUGCAUACUGGUAUAUAUAUAUUGCACUGUAAAUAUUUAUUUCAAGACAGCACAAUUUUGAAAGGUGAAUCUGGGUUGCUCAUGACAAAAUUAUUAUAAAAUUGGGAGAUAUUUAUUGUACAUAAUCAUAAAUAUUAGAAUGCAAAUGUAUUCUUAUUGUAGUUGAUUAAAAUGAAUAUCCUGACACAAAACAUAACCAGUGUAUUUUGUCAGGGAGAAUAAGUACAUAUGAAAAUUAACAAUGAAUUUAAAAGUGGCCAGUUUACUGUAUUGUAAUAAUUUCAGGAGCCCCUCCUUUCCUCCUUCGCUCUCCUCUCUCAUCUCAUCAGUUGUAAGGUAUUCAUGUCUAUAAAAACAGAUCAACUAAAUAGAGAAGAUGCAAUGACAUGUUUCCAAAUAGCUUCUUGACUUAAAAAACAAAGAGCUGUGAAGAAAGGCUUAAGGUGCUAUGAGCAAUAGCUCAUAGCUUAAAAGGAAAAGAGGAGAUAUGAUCAUACAAAAUCAUGAUUGAAAUCAACAAAGUUGUAAAGGAGAAAUGUUUAAAACCCACACUUAGAUAACAAAGGUGUCGAAAUGAUGUCCGAAAGUUUUCUCCUGUGAACAGGGUUGUGGGCACUUGGAACAGUUUAAGUGAGUAGGUGGUGGAGGCCAAAACCAUUAGCAGUCUCAAAAUGACAAAGAUUACAGGGAAGAUGGGACACCACAAGUGUUCCUCUCGUCCUAUAACUGCACUUAGGUAUGUAAUUACAUAUAGACAUGCAUGCAUACUUAUACAUGCUUAUUUUAAACAAAUCAAAACUAGAAGAAGAUAGAGAUAUAAUUGCCAUGUACAAAAUUAUGACAAAUACAGUACAAGAAAUUAUAAGGAAGCAUUUUAAAUUUACAGUAUCAAGAAAAGAGGUUUUAGAUUCAAAUUAUGAAAAUGACUGUGCCAAAACAGAUUAAAUAAAUAAUGAGAAGGUAGUACAUGCCUAAACCACUGGAAGCUCAAAGCUUUACAUAACAAAGAUUAUAGAAAAGUUGGGACACCAUGAGCGUAGCUAUCAUCCUGAUAUUAUUCUUAGGUACUGCAAAUACACAUGCACAUGCAUACACUAAACAAAGUCAUGCACAAUUAUAUUGUUAGAUAAUUCAGAUAAUUUCUGUGAUACUAGUAGAAGAGAUAGGAGAGCCAAAUUAUGAAAAGACUAAGAGAACCCAAUCCAAUGACUCAAGAAGAGAGAACCAGAGGUGAUAUGAUAAGAAAGCAAAACUAGGAGGGGUUUAGGCUGAAGAUGAAAACAAAUGGAUCUAGAUGUAUGAAAAUAAUUAAAUUCCUUGUAAGCUGUAAACAAUAACACACUUCAGAGGUUGUGGAAGCUGCUUAGAUUUACAGUUACAAAAGAAAAUGUCAAAGUGCUAAUGCUAGAAUGUCAAAAGGUGUAAAUAGAUCGUGCACAAUAACUGUAAGAUGGGGUUCUAGACCUAGGCCUCACUCCACUUACAUAUUUUGGUAACCACACAUUGUGUGUGAUGAGCUUCAGCCAUCCUUGUCAGUGCCACCAUCCUUCAUGCCCAAUACAUUGUCAUGGGGUGUAUUCUGGCCUAAAUUAUGCCGUGUCAAAAGAAAGACUAAAGAAAAAGGAUGUGUGUGGCUUUAAUUUUGUCCUUACAACUUUUGAUAUACUGUAUACACUAAAAGACUGCAUGUCUCUAAUAAAGGAGGGUUAACCAAGUUAAGGAAUGUAUGAAAGUUGGGAAGCAGGAAAUGUUAGAGGGUAAGAAUGCUAUGUAGGAAUGGGGAACGAGUUGUAUUGGAGUAACAAAAGGGAUGCAUGGGCAGGGGUACAUUUGUUUCACAAGAUAUUUCAUUACCAAAUUCUUUGGAUCCUGCUUUAUAGAUACACAAAUUCAUGUACUGUAUUAGAAAUGAAGGUAAAAUGUUUGCUGGUAGAUUUUCAAUAAAAGGAGCCAAUCAAACUUAGAAAAAUACACUUCACAGAGAGGCAUUGAAGAUUAAAAUAUGAUUGAAUAUACAAAAUAUAAAAGGGCUGUUUAGUGUUCCCUGCAGGACUGGCAGACAUAAGUUUAGAAAAUAAUGUUGAUAAAUUGUCACAGUUGUAACAAGAGGUACAAGAGUGAACAGUAUAUUAAGUGUGCAGGAGUGGUGGUUUAUAUGGAAAUCAACAGAGUUUGUCAAUAUUUUGAGUAUUACUAUUUGAUCUUUAAACCUAAAAGUUAAGUGACAUUACAAAAGUAUUCUGAACAUCUCGCUAUCACUUUUCAUAUGAGAAAAAUUAGGUUUUUAAGAUAAUAAUUUGUAUACAAUAUUUUGUAUUUGGUUUAGAAAUAGUAAAUAAUUAAGUACAUUGGGGUCAAUGUGUCCAAUUAAUUCUGCUGGCUAAACUCUCAUUAUCUAUCAGACAUUGGUAAUAUUAUUUAGGGUGGUGAUGAGUAUGCAUUAUUUCCACAGCUUCAGGGAGAAAUGCAGAAGUUCCUUUUAGAAAACAUCCCCCAAAAUAUAUAUAUUUUAUGAUGCUUUUCAUAUGAAUGGCAUGUUUGACAUUCCUCUACCACUUUUGCAUUCCAAUGACUCGAAUGCGUUAUCUGUACUCCGGCAGUAAUCGUUCCAAUGAUGCUAAAAUGCGUCAUCCAAUUGCUUUUCAUAAACAUUUGUAUAUUCAUCAUGGUUGCACCAUAAUAUAUCAUAAAUACACUUUUGUAUUUCCACCUAUUCUCUAGAGAAUUCAUUUGCAAACAUUUUAGUACCAAAUUUUUAGUAAUAAUCCAGUUAAUAAAUAAGAAAACAAAAAAUUAUUGUAAAUACAUUUCGCUUCGCUGAGCAACCUGUGAGCAGCCUGGAGAGCUAGAACAUUUAUGGUCGGAAAUGCAUGUAGAUGUUGGACAGCCAAAGUGUGAAACAAAGUACAUAAGGGUAUUUACCAAUUUUUAUAUAUCAAUUGUAUGCAAUUAUGAUAUAUUUAAAUUACAAUACUGUACCUGUAUACGAACUACUGUGUUGUUAGGUCUUGUAUCCAGUAGUAGUCUUGUAAUAAUAUUCAAAUUGUAUCAGUAUUUGAGCUUUUAACUAUAAUUUUCAUAAUCUGAAUGUGGUUUAUUACUGAAUGAUAAUUAUAUUUCCAUCUAGCUUUAAAGCUGGUAUACUAUUUUAUGGGAAGGACCCCUCAGUUUAACCAAGUUUUACCCCCUCAGUAUUGCCAAUCUUAGCUAAUCACACCAGUUCUCUUGAAACCCAUCCUUACCUACUGGAAAUCAGGACCAGAAACUGACUCUCACUACAGGUUACCUGCUUAAUACCUGCUUGAUAGGGUUCUGGGAGUUCUUCUGCUCCCCAAGGCCAGGCUUGACUUGAGGUUAAAGGGAGCCUAGGGAUCGUAGAUUAACUUCAAACUAAGAAAAAACCAGAAAGCAUAUAGGCAAAAAAGCAAGCAUCUGUUUGAAGAAAUUCACCAUCCUAGAGUAAAUAAAGAAAAUGAUUGUUGUCAUUGUGUAAAUACACUAACCUUGAUAAGCCCAACUUCCACCUGAUGACAACCUAGGUUACAAGGGGUUUCAGCCAGCCUGUUAUCUCACUUCUGUUUAUCGUCAUUGGCUACACUUCACACUUGGCAUAGUGGUGCUGGAACAUAUGUCCUCAAUAAAAUCCUCUGACUGAUGCCUUUGCAGUCUUUUGUCUUUCUAUUUGUGUGCUGUAUUGUCAUCCUGAAUUAUUUUGAGGCUUGGCACUUUUUAUAAUUAAGUUUGGAAUGAUAGUCUAUCUGUGUGUGUGUGUGUGUGUUGAUUUGAGCUCUCAUGUGGAUUCGUGCUGCUAACACAAAUUGACAGACACUAACAGAUGCAGUACUGUUGAAUGUGAAAUCAAAGGCUGCCCCUCUGGGGAUUUGAAGGAGCCUGAGGCCUUCUGUCUCUCUGGAAUGAGUCUCAGAAUUUUGCUUUUCUGCAUGUCAAGAUUACAGGCUUCGAUUGUAGGCCCUCACCCUGAUCCUUCCUUCAACAGCACGGAUUGCCAGUAGUAGGUCUGUGGCAGCCAAAGACCCUCUUCUAGCCAACCCCAAUACUCUGUAUCCUUUUUUUUUUUUAUAGA